AUGUUCAUCUUUCAGAUGAGGAAACUGAGGAGUAGUGACUUGCCCAGUGGGACCGAGGUGGAGUUUCCCUUCCCGUCCCGAGACUCCAGCGGCAGCGCGCGGUCCCCACGAGAUUCCUGGGCAGCAGCGCAGGAGGCAGGAGCAGCCGGGCGGCGCAGCCAGGACCAGCGGACGCCGGGCGCGCCCGGGCCCUCGAGGAACCCCAGCAUGGCUAUGCCCUGGGGACCCCGGGAGCAGGCUCGUUCACGCACACAUGCUCUCCCAAGGGUCCCCAGCCCUGGGUGGGCCGCCUCCCCGGCGCUCUCCACGUCCAGACCCGGGACGCCGGGGUCUGACCCGCCCCCCACUCCCCGCAGGGACCGGGAUGUGAAACGUGCAGGGGCGCAGGGGACCUGGACGCGGGCAGAGCCGGCGGGAGACCCCCGCAGCGUGGCCAUCUUCCACCCCACACAGGGCGCCAGCUUCUCCGAGCCUGGCCGGUUGGAGUUCGAGGCCACCAGUCUUGGCCAGGAGCUGCUGGACGCAUGGCUGGUCGUGCGGAGGCUGCGCGGGGAGGACCAGGCCAACUACACCUGCCAGUCUACCACAUUGCGCAGGGCGGCAGGAGGGACGGGACCUGGCCCCGCGUGCUCGGCACGCGGGAGGGGAGCAGAGGAGGGAGGGCCGUGGAUGGCGGCGCGAGUACCUCCAGAGAAGGAUUGUGGGGACAAAAGAAGGAGCUCUGCCUGGAGCCUGUGCCUGAAGCCCGCUGCAUGUCCAGCAGGGGGCGCCCGCCUGCCCAGAUCCCCUGGUCCUCCCACCUGGGUGGAAAGGCCAACAACAGCCAGGAGCUGGGGCUCCUUGCCUGGCUUGCGUGCCAUUAUCAGCGGCUUCACCUUAACUCCCCCAAGCCCGGCAGAUGGUGAGAGCGCCACCUGCAGGAUGGACCAGGAGAGCUUGGAGGCCCCAGCCCCGCUGCCCUGGAUUCUCAACAUGACCUGUGAGUGUGCCCACGGGUGAGCAAGGGGGACAAGCACUGCCAGCCUGCCUGCGCACCACCACUGUCCCCAUCAGCUCCCCGGGCCUCAAACAACACUGCCUUUCAUUACUUCUACUGUCUUCCGAGACCUCAGUGAACACUGCUCCCCAGGCGGCCUACCCAGCCCAGCUCCCCUGGCCACUGUCUACACUGACACUCCACACUGUCUACACUGGUUCCCUUGAGCAGUCUACAGACACUGCCUACACCUGCUUCCCCAGGCAACUAUCUAGACGCACCUUGCCCACAUUGCUACACUGCUUCCCCCACUGUCUACACCACCUCCCUUGUCCAUUUUCUACACUGCGUUACCAUUGUCUAUACUGGCUCCUUGUCUACAUGGAGACAUUGUCAUUUAGGCCGCCGGCUGUUCCCGUGUUGCCUAGACUGGCUCCUGUGGCCACCAUCUCGACACUGUACAUUUUCUACCCUGGUUCUCCUAGGCACUCUGUCACACCGACCCACGACACUGUCUACAUUUCCCCCAGUGUAGUCUAUGUUCCCUUCUAAUGCAAGACUGUCUACACUGGCUUGUCGAGGGGCUGUGUCGUCCCGUUAUUGUCUAUAUUGAAUAUUCCCUCCCAGGUACUACACUUUGAGUGGCCAUGUGCCAGGAGGUCUUCUGGGGGAACUGGGAGGGGCUCUCACGGGCUGUCACUGUGUAGGACAGAACCAGAGGCAUGGAAGCAAGACCCUGAAUCAAGAGGGCCACAAGGACACGAGUCCCCAGAAUUCUCAGACUGUGGGGGAGUGCUCACCUAAUUUUUCUCUCUCUUUAAUUUCCUUAACUAGGUAAUACAUAAACAUCCCCAAAUCAAAAGUUAUAAAAAAAAAUCAGAAGUCCACUUUGAGUUCAUUUGAGCACAGGGCAUAAGGUAAGGGUCCAGCUCCAUUCUUUUGCAAGUGGAUAUCCAGUUUUGUACAAUAUUGUGAAUGUAACACCAUAAAAUAAUAAAUUUAAACAUGACUGAAAAAACAUUAUGUUUUCCCACAAAUUUUGAAAGUUAAUAAGGUAAUAUACCAAAAACUGUUGAAUUAUACAUUUUGGGUGGGAGAAACUGUAUUUCCACAAACGUAGUGACUUGAAAAACACACAAUUAUUCUGUCACAGUUCUGGAGGUCAGAAGCCUGAAACGGGUCUCACUGGGCUAAAAUCAAGGUGUCGGCAGGACUGGUUCCCUCCGGAGGCUCAGGGGAGAGUCCCUUGGCUUGCCCUCUGCAGCUUCCAGAGGCCACCCACGUCCUUUGGCAUAUGGCCUCCCAUCACGUGGCCUUUCUCUCUCUGCUCCCGCUGUCACAUCACCUUCUUCCUCCUGCGACCUUCCUGCCUCCCUCUUUGCCUUCUAAGGAUGCCUGUGAUUACACUGGAGAAGCCAGGCUCAUUCUCCAUCUCCAGGUCCUUAGCUUAAUCACAUCUGCAGAGUCCCUUUUGCCAUGGAAGGCACCAUAUUCGCAGGUUCCAGGAAUCAUGAUGUGUGCAUCUUAAGUGAUCCAUUAUUGUGUCUACAGCCCCCACCACAGAGAGCCACAGCACCAUUUUUGGGCAAGUUUAUUUAUGCACAAACAACAAGUAGAUAUUAAUUUUUCCACAAUAGGUAACGUCUCACACACAGUUCUGCACCUUGCUUCUGUUACUAAAGGUGUCUGGAAAUUAAGCGUCUCUUUAGUCUUCACAUCCUUGUAGUACUGCAGAGUGGGAUGGCUGGUACUUUUUCAACCAGGCCCCUAUGGACUGACAUCUGUGCUGUUUCUGCCCUUUUACCAUUAGAGUGGUAGUGAAGUGGUCUUGUACACUGUCAGCUCACUCACGUUGACGCAUGGGUGUAGAACACACCUCUGGAGGUGGAAUUGAUGGGUUGCAGUGUAUGUGUGUCCCUGUCAUGGUGAUAGAUGGGGACAAACAGUCCUGCAGAGAAGUCCCGUUGAUCUCUGUUUCCACCAGCAAUAGAUGUGAUGGCCUGUUUGGG